AUGAAUGCCGUCCGAACGACGAAGGAGAAGUUGCCGCAGCUUUUAAUGCACCUGGCCGUCACCCCUAGCAACACGUUCAACUUCGAUGAGGCGGCCUUCCGGCGCCGGCAACAACUGCGGCGCAGGGGCGCGGCGGCGAAUGCAUCAGACAUUGGCCUCGACGAGGAGGUCAACGAUGUCGGCCUCCUCAUCGACCGCCUCUGCCUCGGCCCCACCGCAAUGGCCGCCGAAGCUUUUGUGGGCAUCGACGACAACCAGCCCACGUGCGCCAAACUAGGCGAGAACCCGCUUGUGAGGGAGCCGGAGGGCGGCGGUGCGGCCGAAAUGUGGGAGGCGCCUGCUAACAUGCAGGCGGUUUAUGACGACAGCAACCCCGCAUCUCGCGAAGCACGGCGCACUGCGCGCGCCGCGUGCGAGAUGCUUAUUGGUUACGCACGGGCAACCUGCAUCACGCCGCGCGAUCUGUGCGUUCUCUUUGACAUCCGCAAUCCAAUAAUCUUUCCGCGGAUGGAGUGCGCAAGCCCGCCGCUUGAUCUCAACCACGCCCCACCUCCCGCCGUGAUUCACGGCGACACGCCGCCGCCCGAGACUCCUCGUCGCCGCGGUCGGGUGCUCACAGCAUGGAUGCAUGUGCCCACCCCAGACUGGGUGGCGCAGACGGCCCGCCGCCAGGAGCUCAUCGACGCCGGUGCACCCGCCGUCAUGAGCGAUUACCUGGCUGCCGCAGAGUGGAUGCGACUGUGA